UCAUUUUCUACCCAGCUCUUUGUAACUUUGAAAAAAAAAAAUUCUCUUUCGUAUAAGAUUUUUAUUGUUCUAAACAAAAAAUAACAAUAACCAAGGAUAUGGCAGCUGAAGCAGGGAAGAAGGAAGAGAUGACGAAGGUAAAAAUAACCAGCAAAAGCCAUGUCAAGCCUGGCAAGAUUGUAGGAAGAAAAGAAUGUCAAUUGGUCACAUUUGAUCUCCCAUAUCUGGCCUUCUAUUAUAACCAGAAGUUGUUGUUUUACAAGGGUGGGGAGUUCGAGGAUAAGGUGGAAAAACUCAAGGAUGGGCUCAGCGAGGUUUUGGAGGAGUUUUAUCAGCUGGGAGGCAAGCUUGGAAAAGAUGAGGAAGGGGUUUUCAGGGUGGACUAUGACGAUGAUAUGGACGGUGUUGAGGUGUUGGAAGCCAUCGCCGAGGGGCUCAGCGUCGAUGAACUUGCGGCUGAUGAGGGCACAAGCUCUCUCAAGGACCUGAUCCCUUACAAUGGUGUCUUGAACUUGGAGGGCCUUCACAGGCCUCUGUUAUCUGUGCAGUUGACAAAGUUGAAAGACGGACUUGCAAUGGGGUGCGCCUUCAACCACGCUAUCCUCGACGGAACCUCCACGUGGCAUUUUAUGAGCUCGUGGGCCCAAAUCUGUAGCGGGUCCAACUCCAUCGUCCCACCGUUUCUCGAACGGACCAAAGCCCGAAACACCCGUGUAAAGCUGGACCUCUCGCUCCCACCAAACCCAGUCGCUUCAUGCAACGGUUAUGCCAACCAAGGUCCACAACUCAGGGAGAAACUCUUCAGGUUUUCCGAAGCUGCCAUUGACAAGAUCAAGUCAAAAGUCAACUCUAACCCACCAUCCAACGGCUCUAAACCAUUCUCAACUUUUCAAUCUCUGGCUGUCCAUAUUUGGCAGCAUGUAACCCAAGCACGUGACCUUAAACCUGAAGACUAUACAGUUUUCACUGUCUUUGCAGAUUGUCGUAAAAGGGUUGAUCCCCCCAUGCCCGAAAGUUACUUCGGCAAUCUAAUUCAAGCCAUCUUCACCGUCACUGCAGCAGGGUUAUUGUUGGCCAACCCGCCGGAAUUCGGAGCAUCAAUGGUACAAAAAGUUAUUGAAGCGCACAAUGCUGAGGCUAUCGAUGAACGCAACAAGGAGUGGGAGGCUGCACCGAAGAUUUUCCAGUUCAAGGAUGCUGGUGUCAACUGCGUGGCCGUUGGAAGCUCUCCAAGGUUUAAGGUCUACGAUGUGGAUUUUGGUUGGGGAAAGCCUGAAGGAGUGAGGAGUGGGUCCAACAACAGGUUUGAUGGGAUGGUGUAUUUGUAUCAAGGGAAGAGCGGUGGCAGGAGCAUUGACGUGGAGAUCACAUUGGAAGCUGGAGCCCUGGAAAAGUUGGAGAAAGAUAAGGAGUUUCUAAUGGAAGUCUAGUUAUAAUAUUUUGCGUGAAUUAGCAUCAAUAUUCUUAUAUAUAAAUGUUUUCGGUGAUUUUAAUUUUAAUAGGGAUUGAUGUAAAAAAGAGGGUGCUAUUUUCACAUUUAUUUUGAUAAGAAGACAAUUAAUCGAUAGAAAUGUGAAAAUAGUUGCACCUAAUUUGAAUAAGGUCAGUGUUAAAAUUUGUAAAAUGAAGGUAUCAUUAUGCUAUUGCUGCCAAACAUUAUGUUGCUACUUUUUUUUUUUUCUACGUGGGAAGAAUGUUGAAGGCGAAGUUAGGGCAGUUGCUUGACUUGUUAGUUCGGUACGAGUUAGUUUUUGCUGAGGAAACAGUGGUCUCAUUUGUGUUCGAUGGACCUCUCCUGAAGCAAUAUAUCGAACUCCGUUUUAGCGAUUCAAUUGGAGGAGUUGGACUUUGAUGUAUUUGAGCUUUUUCUUAAUUUGUAGUAGUAGCAACAAGAAUUCAAGACGUUAGUUG